AUCCAUUACCAUCUCUUCCCUCCACUCAAAUACCUCUUCUUUCUUACAAUCAAAGAACAUAGAUAAGGUUAAAGCAAAACAAAUUCUAAACAAACAACAAAAAGAGAGAAGAAACAUCUCUCCUCUCUUUGAACAAGAACAUCAAGAACAAUGGCUUGUACUAAUCUAACAACAAUGUGGGUUUCAUCAAAACUAUCUAUUUCUGAUUCCUCUUCCUUGUCCUUCCGUUCUAUUCUCAACCCACUUCCUCUCCCAAACCACAACUCAUCUCCUUCAAGAUCUUCCUCUGUCUCUCCAAUCCAGUCCUCUCUUCGUGAGCUCCGAGACCGUAUCGACUCAGUCAAAAACACUCAGAAGAUCACUGAAGCCAUGAAGCUUGUCGCUGCAGCAAAAGUCAGGAGAGCUCAGGAAGCUGUGGUCAACGGCCGACCAUUCUCAGAAACCCUAGUUGAAGUUCUUUACAACAUCAACGAACAGCUUCAAACCGAUGAUAUAGAUGUGCCCUUAACCAAAAUCAGACCGGUUAAGAAAGUUGCACUCGUUGUUGUAACAGGAGACCGAGGAUUAUGCGGUGGAUUCAACAACUUCAUCAUCAAGAAAGCAGAGGCAAGGAUCAAAGAGCUUCAAGGCCUAGGUCUUGACUACACAGUCAUUAGCGUGGGGAAAAAGGGAAACUCUUAUUUCCUCCGUCGUCCUUACAUCCCCGUCGACAAGUACCUCGAAGCCGGAACCUUACCGACCGCGAAAGAAGCUCAAGCUGUAGCUGAUGAUGUCUUCUCUCUGUUUAUAAGCGAAGAGGUCGACAAAGUCGAGCUCUUGUACACAAAGUUUGUCUCUUUGGUCAAAUCAGAACCCGUGAUCCACACGCUACUGCCUCUAUCUCCCAAAGGAGAGAUCUGUGACAUUAAUGGGAACUGUGUGGACGCUGCUGAAGACGAGCUCUUCAGGUUAACGACCAAAGAAGGGAAACUUACUGUUGAAAGAGAGACUUUUCGGACACCAACUGCUGAUUUCUCACCGAUCUUGCAGUUCGAGCAAGACCCUGUUCAGAUUCUUGAUGCUUUGUUGCCUCUGUAUCUUAACAGUCAGAUUCUAAGGGCUUUACAGGAGUCAUUGGCGAGUGAGCUUGCAGCUAGAAUGAGUGCAAUGAGUAGUGCUUCAGAUAAUGCUUCUGAUCUUAAGAAGUCGCUUUCUAUGGUGUAUAAUAGAAAGCGUCAAGCUAAGAUCACUGGUGAGAUCCUUGAGAUUGUUGCUGGAGCUAAUGCACAGGCUUGAUUUGUUUGGAACCUCUUUGAUAUAUGAGCCGACUCUUCCUUUUUUUUUUUUUUGCGUUUUUGGUGUUAUAAUGUUUAAUUUGUCAAGAACUCGUAAUGAUGUUUUUAUAAAUAAUGCAGUUACAAGCAUAAUUCGGUUGUAUUUGUUUUGGCCUUUCAUUGGAUAAAUAUUUAAUUUAUGUCGGAAAUUUUGUGA